UCCCUGUGUUGCAGCGGGAUUUUUGGCCAUGGCGUCCAGUACAGCUACUAACAUCGGGAAAUUUGAAUCUUUAAACUCCUUUAUCCACGAACGACUGACGACCACUGCAGGAGAGAUAUUUCAGGUAGUUAAAGACACCCUCGCUGAGUUUCAGGAGGAAAUAUAUCGCUCCAAACAGGAGAAUAUUUACCUGAAAAGAAGACUAGCCGAAGUCAGCAGCGGCGAAUCAGAUGCUCAGACUAAGCAAGAAGAGCUUCCUCUUGAGAAGCAGAACUCCAACCCAGGCCCACUGGAUUUGGAGAAGCCAGUAAUACACAUGAAGCUGGAGCUUAGUACCGUGCACCAGGAUCCUGAGACACAGCAGCAAUUAUGUGCUCCAUCUGCAAGCAGCUUUGUACAUGCAGCCACAACUUACAGUUCACCUCGCAGUGUUUCAGAUAAAGUAGGAGAAGACAAAGAUGUUGAUGUGUGUAUGGACUCGUAUGUGACAGUGAAAGUAGAGCAGAGUGACUCGCAAGUGACUUGCUCUGACCCUGGGAGUGCAGUCCAGAAAGGAAUUGGUGGUACUCUGGGAGUUCACAAAGAUGAACCUGGUAUGCGUCCCUCCUCUCAGCCAUCCGAUGACCGUUGUCACCCACCAUCUCGUGUGGAAAGCAGCCUGGCGGGAGUGCUAUUUCCUUGUGAGGUUUGCAGCAAGUCUUUCAAAAACAAUGUGCUUUUGAAGAAACACAUGCUAACACAUCAGAAAGAGACAGCACACCGCUGUGAAUUUUGCGGGAAGUGUUACGGUCACAGUCAUGCGCUGCAAAACCACAUCAGAACUCAUGCAGGUGAGAAACCGUAUCACUGCAAAUUCUGUAAUAAGACUUUCGGUCGUAAAGGCCACAUGCAGGACCAUGAAAAGAUUCACACUGGCGAAAAACCUUAUAGCUGCGCGAGAUGUGGAAAGCGUUUCAUUUGGCUGAAUCAGGUCAAGCUCCACAUUCAGAAUUAUCACCCUGAGGAAACUGGUAUAAUUAUCAAGAAAUCAACAAAGCAUGGUAUCUUGAAGAUAGCUCACCAGAGCGAAAAUAAAUAUCCUUGUGAAGUGUGUGGGAAGAAUUACAGCAGCCAGCAUGUACUGAGAAACCACCUUCGAGUCCAUACUGGUGAGAGACCGUUUAAGUGCAAAUUCUGUGCUAAGACUUUCACACAGAGAAGCCAUAUGCUGGAACAUGAGAGGAUCCACACUGGAGAACAGAAAUACAGCUGCUCAGAAUGUGGCUUGAGUUUCAUUUGGUUGCGUCAAGCCAAGGCUCAUGUUCAAAAUCAUCAUGAUCAGUGUGCAAAGAUUGUCAGAAAAUAAGGAUUUUUCAAAGUUGAACUUUGAAAAUAUUUGGCGAGUAGUGGAGAGCAGGGCACAAACAAACACAGGGUUAAAUAUUGGAUAUUUUAUGAAAUUAACACAUUCAAGUAGAAUGCAAUUUUAAUUAUGUUCUCGUAUUCCAAAUAGCAAAGUCAUUUGUGAAUUUUGAUCUCAGUUAAACAGAUAUUUCUCAGGAUUCACCCUAAAGGCCAUAAAAGUACUAGAAAAGUAACUUAUAUGUAUUUAUCCCCAAUCAGUGAGAUGUGUGAGUGUCAAUUACAGAAUAACACCUAUAUUUUUUUUUAAAUCACCUUCUUGGUGGCUUUAAUAUAGCAUAAUUUUGAAGCAUGUCAACACCUCCCAGUGAGAGCAAGCCAGACUGAAGUACAGUCUCCACACGGCGGGGUUAGUUUUAACACAGUGGUACAAAUAAACCUCACAAGAAAAACGAUAGAAUGAUACUUUUUUUUUUUACGUUGAACGCGAAGAUUUAACAAAAAAAGUACUGUAGAUGUCAAUAAAAUAUUUUAUCACUUUGACAUAUGCUCUUCUACUUUGUGAAAAAAUGUGAAUUUGUCAUGUUCAACACAGCCUCUUUACUGUAAUCAUAUUUACGGCUUUUUGACUGAAUUGUUCAGAAAUUGUAGGUGUUGGAAACGAAGAUUAUGAUUUCAUUUGUAGCAGAGAUGUGUAGCUUGAUUGUAUAUAAAAAUAUUAAGCAAAAACCAAAAUGUUCGGUUGUGCCCUGCUCACCUGUUUAUUUACCUUUUGGAAAAAAAAAAAAUGCCAAAAAGUGUUUUUUGUUCAAUGCCAUAGGGAAAAAACUUUGAACGAGUGGUUCUUUAAAAAACCUUUUUGUGAAUGACAUGAGUCAACCUUUCCAAGAACUGCCACAUAAUGUAAAGGUUUUGGCAAGAACCUUUAAAUGCCUUGACCAAACAUACAUGGUUCUUUAGUGAAACAAAAGUGGAACUUCUAUGGCAUCACUGCCUUUGUGGCACCUUUUUUAGUCAGUAGCGUAGAGUUCAUUUGCUUUGCUGAAUGUGUGCCUUGUUUUUAAACCCACUAGUGUUCAGAGACCUGACUGAGCUUUGACAAAUAAUAUUUUUUGUCCUCUACCUCUUUUGCUUCAU